CUCUCCCUCUCUCUCACUCUCCCUCUCUCUCUGUUGAAUUAAACCCCGUAGCCUUCUCCCCCCUCCCUCCGCUCAUUCCUACAUUGAAACCACAACUCAUACCCAUUCUCCCCUAUUGGAUAAGAACCCUCCUAAUCUACUCCCCUUAUUCAGGAAGAAUUCACCUCAUCCCCAAUCUCUCUCUCUCUCUCUCUCUCUCUCUCUCUCUCUACAUAAGAGAGAAACUCGCCUGCCCAUCUAACCUCAAUCACUAGACUUCUUAUAGAGUGAGAGAAAGAGUGAUAGACGGAGAGAGAAAGAGUGAUAGGCAGAGAGAGAGAGUGAUAGGCAGAGAUAUAUGCUCUGUUUUCACUAUAUGGGUCUCCUCUGUUUUCACUAAAAUGGGUCUCCCCUGUUUUAUUCCCCCACAGAAUUUUUCCAGUGCUCAAUCCAAACAGCUUUGAAAUUACGUACGCACAACCCGUCAAGUGCUCAACCGAGCGUUCUGCGAUGAACUUCUUGAGGGAAAUAGAAGGGAAAAAAUCGCACGAUCCGUUGCUCUCCGGCGAGGACAAAGCCACGGCACCGGACCGGAGGUGCAGGUUCGUCCCCGGCCCGGUGAUCGUCGGGGCCGGCCCGUCCGGCCUGGCGGCCGCUGCCUGCUUGAAGCAGAAAGGAAUCGAGAGCCUGGUGCUCGAGCGGUCCAACUGCAUCGCGUCGCUGUGGCAGCUCAAGACGUACGACCGGCUCCGGCUCCACUUGCCCAAGAAAUUCUGCGAAUUACCGCUUAUGCCCUUCCCCCAGGACUUCCCGAACUACCCUUCCAAGCAGCAGUUCGUGGAAUACUUGGAGGAUUACGCCAGGAAGUUCGACAUAAGGCCGGUCUUCAACGAGACGGUGGCGCGUGCGGAGUACGACUCCGGGGCGGGGUACUGGCGGGUGAGGUGCGCGGGGGGCGGCAGCGGAGAGGAGGAGAGAGAGUACGUGAGCAGGUGGUUGGUGGUGGCGACGGGGGAGAAUGCGGAGGAGGUGGUGCCGGAGGUGGAAGGGAGGGAGGAGUUUGGGGGGAGCGUAGUGCACACGAGUGGGUACAAGAGUGGGGAGGUGUUCAGAGGGAAGAGGGUUUUGGUGGUUGGUUGCGGGAACUCGGGCAUGGAGGUGUGUUUGGAUCUGUGCAACCAUUGCGCUUCGCCUUCUCUCGUGGUCAAAGACACCGUACACGUCCUACCGCGGGAGAUGCUGGGCCGAUCGACUUUCGGGCUGUCUAUGUGGUUGCUAAAGUGGCUGCCAAUCCGCCUUGUCGAUCGCUUUUUGCUCGUCUUAUCGUGGCUUGUCCUCGGCGACACUGCCCGGCUCGGCCUCCACCGUCCCUCGGUGGGUCCCCUCCAGCUAAAAAACUCUGCAGGGAAAACGCCCGUGUUGGACAUCGGCACCCUUGCCAAGAUCAAAAGUGGAGAUAUCAAGGUAUGUCCAGCUAUUCGGAAACUGACACGUCAUAGCGCGGAAUUUAUCAAUGGAGAAAAGGAAAAUUUUGAUGCAAUCAUCUUAGCAACUGGUUACAAAAGCAAUGUACCAUCUUGGCUAAAGGAGAGCGAUAUGUUUUCCGAGAAAGAUGGAUUACCACGAAGGCCAUUUCCUAAUGGUUGGAAAGGCGAGUGUGGGUUGUAUGCCGUAGGGUUCACAAAACGAGGGUUACUUGGUGCAUCUAUAGAUGCUAAGAGGAUCGCAGAAGACAUCGAGCAAUGUUGGAGACACGAGGCGAAAUAUCUUACGGCUAUUGCGCAAUCGCUCUUGUGAGAAUUAUGAAAUUAAGGCUUGAGAUUUGAGGAGUUAUAGAGUGGAGACAUCGAGCAAUGUUGGAGACACGAGGCAAAAUAUCUUACGGCUAUUGCGCAAUCGCUCUCGUGAGAAUUACGAAAUUAAGGCUUGAGAUUUGAGGAGUUAUAGAGUGGAGAAAAUUUUGUAGGUACUAUUGGCAUAAUGGUGGUACCAAGAAGUUGCUCCUCCUAUUGAGGAAAUAAAGAGAAAGCAAAAAGAGAGAGUGAGCCCUCUCUCUUUGAAUUGACACCAACCCUAGAGGAGGAGGAAUUGACACCAAAACAUGUUAUUUUUUCUUUUUUUUCUUCUUCUUUUAGGUGGGGGAACCUAAACUAUAUAUCUAGCAUCUUUUUGUAC